AUGGGUGAAAGGAUUUCAACAUCAACAAUCGAUACUUCAUCUGCUCCACCACCACCAACUUCUACAAUCAUUCCAACAUCAGUUCCUGCUAUUUCCCCUAUGUUUCAAGGUGUCAUGAAUGAAACUAUCAGUUCCUUAUUUUCUUCUCAAUCAAAAGAACCCAAGGCACAAAUUAAUGAAGAAGAAGAUGACAUAAUGGUUAGGUUUGUUGAAUUGGGUUUCAAUCUGGAAGAAGAAAAUGUGGAUGAUAAUGCCAUAAUGUCUGCUAAACAGUUCAAGAUUCUCAACUCCAAAUUAAUUUCAAUUGUUUAA